GGUGUUUAGUUGUGCAAAUAAUUGACUGUUAUACCGUGAAAUACACUCAAAUCUAACACCAUGGAUCCCGAAGCGUUCUUGGACCUGGCCAACCAGGUCAUUAAACUAAAAAUGUACCCAUAUUUCGACAUAGCACAUUCUCUAUUAUGCGCUCUUGCAGUCAGAGAGGAUUUGGGAUCUGGUGCACAGGCAUUCUCUCGCAAACACCCCCUAUCAUGUUGGUUGUCCACUAUGCUGGUGAUCUUCGCGGGCGGCAUGGUGGUCAACGGCCUACUUGGGGAACCGAUGCUAGCCCCGCUUAAGAAUACACCGCAGCUUAUUAUUGGAACUGUCACAUGGUACCUAGUCUUCUACACACCAUUCGACGUGGGAUAUAAAGUGGCAAAGUUCCUACCAGUGAAGGUAGUUGCUUCAGCUAUGAAAGAGAUUUACCGCGCCAAGAAAGUCUAUGAUGGAGUAAGCCACGCCGCGAAAUUGUACCCUAACGCCUACGUCAUUAUGAUCAUUGUUGGAACCCUAAAGGGCAACGGAGCAGGAUUCACUAAGCUGGUGGAGCGACUGAUCCGCGGUGCCUGGACUCCAACUGCCAUGGAAACCAUGCAGCCCAGCUUCUACACGAAGGCCUCUCUGGUUGCAUCCAUCAUUUUCGUGCUAGACAAGAAGACUGACCUCAUUUCUGCUCCGCACGCCCUUGUGUACUUUGGCAUCGUGAUAUUCUUCGUAUACUUUAAGCUGUCAUCAAUUCUCCUGGGCAUCCACGAUCCUUUCGUGCCGUUCGAGAACCUGUUCUGCGCACUGUUCCUCGGAGGUAUUUGGGACUCACUGGCCAAGCUGCUGGGCAAGGGUCAGCCCAAGGAGGAAACCAAAGAUGCUAAGAAAACUAAUUAGCCUGAUAAAUAGGUCGCAUUUUAUAAUCUGCAACAUUUGCGCUACGUAAUCAACUGACACCGACAAUACAAAAUGCGACGGCUUAUUCAUAAGCAUAAAGAAAAGAACGCGACAAAAAGCAAAAACAAAAAAAAAAUUGUAAAACCCUUAAAUCCUAAAAAAAUGGCACAACGACCAAAGUUUGAUUUCAUUAGAUAUAAGAACC